GCUGUAUCUAUAAAACGUACAGAAGAAAUUGAAGCUGGAAAGAAGGUCGUAUAUCGAUGUUCAAAGUACAGAAAAUAUCCUGAGUGCGAUUUUCAAGUCAAAGUUAUUUUUUCUUAUGAUGGUGGAAUAACAGUUUCAACAUCCAAUGAACAUAAUCAUGCUCAUCGUGCAUCAACAACACGAGUACCAUCACCAGUUAGAGAAAUUGUUAUAAAUUCUGUUGCAGCUGGUCUUUCUUACAUUCAAACACAUCGAGCUAUUGAACAUCAAUAUGAAGGUGUUGUUUCACGUUCACAAUUAUGUAGUUUAUUAAAUUACCAUCGAUCACUAAAAUUACCCGAUGUAAAUUUUGUCGAUGAUUUUUUUCUAUUAUAUAAAAUUAUGUUAUUUUUUUUGAACUAAAUAAACUAUAGCAGGUUCAGAACAAUGGAUAAUCGGGCUCAUGUCAUAUUUCGAAGUCAAAAGACACAAAACAUUUUUUUUUUGAGCCCGAACUAAUUUCAUCGGGCUCAAAUGUUUCUAAUUGCGGGCUCAGAAAAAUUCUUGUCCUCUUGAAAUGAAAAAGAAGAAAGAAAGUGAUGGUAGAGAACGUAUUGAUAAGAAGAUUUCCGAAAACUGAUUUUGAACAUCGGAAAGUUUCUAAAAUCAAAUAUCUAUUUUGUUGUCACGACCCAGGUCACUUAACCGAUCAGCUUGCACCUUGAGUGACUUCAUAACUUAUCAAAGCUUACAGAAUUUUGAACGUUUUCCUAAUGAUAUACUUCUUUAUCGUAAUAAAAACAUUUCAAUUUAUUAAGCCCUAUUGCAAAAAAAAAGUUUUGAAAAUAUCCUACGGUCUAUCGAAUACUGAGUUCAAUGGUUGUUUUAUUUUUUUUUUUGUUAAUCUGUUUAAUUUACAUUUCAACAUUAUAAUUCAAUUGAUCUAUUCUUUCUUUUGAUAUAAAUAUAAAACAGGUCAACUUGUUUACGUACCAAGAAAAACCAUCAUGCUCAGUCAAAGUUGAAUAGAAGAUUUCUCGAUUGCAAAACGAUCCAAUUUAUUCAAUCAAAAUCUUUUCUAGAUUUUCAUAUAUUCCACAGCAAUAGAUGCCAUUGAUUUUGAAUACGACGAUAAUAAAUGUUAUUCAUCAGUCAAAAUCAAGAAUUUUUGUGAAAAAAAAGGAUAUUAUUGUCUUUUAUCACAUUUCAAACACAAUUUCUUUCAGAGGCCCAGCAGUGUCACAUAUCCAAGAUUUUGGAGAUGCCACCACAUCUCCCGCGGGAGAUGCCCCAUCUCGCGCGAGAGAUGAGGUUGUGAGUAUGAGAAAUGCACAUCUCUAAAGGAGAUCUUACAUCUCCAGUGUGUGGGUGUCGCGUCUCCAGCGGGAGAUGUGGUGGCAUCUCCAAAAUUUUGGAUAUGUGACACUACUCUUCAGUUAAUAAUAAAAAUUUUCGGAUCCUUCGAAGUCUUCAGAGAAUCUAAACAAAAAAAGGUUAGUGAGUGCGUCACCAAGCACAGAUUGCGCUACCGUCAUGUUUUAGUAAUAACUGAUUUCAGAGAGAAACUUCAAAGGAAAACAUCAUCAUUGUGAAGUCUGUUGUCAUAGCUACAGACAUAUAUGAAACUUUAUGGAACAAUGUUUUGAAUAACUCUAAUGAAAGACGUUCUUUUUAUUUUGAGAGAGAGAGUUCUAAACACUUUAGGCCCGAAUAAUAAAGAAAAAACUAGUGUCACAAAAUAUUUUAUUUCUAACAAAUAUCUUCAUACUCAAAUAGAUAACAAAAAAAACUAGGGCUGUCAUUGAGCUCGAAAAAUGUCAGAAAGCAACCUAUCUUGGCUCAGCUAGCAAGUAAAGAGAUAAUAAAUGUGAACCAUUUAAAAUAUCAAUGAUUUUUUUUUUCAAAUGAAGUUAUGCAUCAUCAUGCAAAGAAACUCUCAAUUGUUAAUCAUUGUUUUCCUCAUUUUUAUUGUCGACUUUCAUUUCGAAAUCAAGAUUAGCUGUGCAAAAUGAAUGGCUAACUUCAACUUUGAUUAAGUCAAUAGGACGCGACAUGAAAAAGUUUGUCCUUCAGAAUUCUACUGUCUAUUCUUGCAAAGUUAUCAUAGUUCAAUUAUAUGAUGUCUUUGAAGCUUAGAAAUAUCUUUAUUAUAUAUCGCAACAUCAA